CGUCAUAGCUAAUAAUACACUGUGAUAACAGAAAGACAGAGAUAGCACCAAGGAGAGGAUCACACAGAGAGAAGGAUAUAUAAAGGGCACUGAGAUAGGAGAGGGACAAGGAAAAGGGCCAGACGGGAUCUUACGGAUAUACGCACACGCCAUGUCUCAGCCAGGAGAGGUGAAGAAGAAGAAGCGUCCCCCCAUGAAGGAGGAGGACCUGAAAGGGGCCCGCAGUAAAUUGGGCCUAAAAGGAGAAGUGAAGAGUAAAACAUAUGAAGUAAUGGUGGAAUGUGAACGUAUGGGCAAGACGGCUCCAUCUGUGUUCAGCGGCGUGCGAACCGGAACAGAGACGGCAUUCGACAAGCCCAAAGCUCCAUCAGGGAGUGUCUUCGGCAAAUGAUUGUUUCAGAAAGCCUGCUGUCUAAUUAUAUGAGGAUGGAACCGGAAGUUGGAAUUUCUAAUCUAAAUGCUGAAAGAAUGUUUUUUUUGUGCAAUUUGUAACAUUUUUCUAAACAAAUACAUAGUGUUUGGUUUAUUAUUAUUAAUUAUUUUUGUCAAUUAAGUCUUAUAUUUUAUACAUUAAAAUAUUCAAGUAACAAUUGUAUUUGUGCAUUUUCUAAGUUUUUGAUGUUAUUAAAGAUUUCAAUUUCAA